AUGUUUGACAAUGCUGUUAAACCACAUCCGGAGACCAAUGGAGUUCAACUUGAUGCCGCAGGAGAUCCAGCGAUGACUACCGUUAUAAACAUUGAACCAGAAACCGAAAGUCCAAUUGGGAUCUUCACAUCACAGCCGGAGAAGCAACAGCAACAACCAGAGCAACUCCAAUACGAAUCCGACAGAAUGGCCAAUUUUGACGAUACGUUGCAACGCGCCCGCCUCGCCUUUUCCAGUGGAAAGACCAGGAACGUCAGCUUUCGACGCAAGCAGCUGGAGAAUCUGCUGCGUUGCUAUGAGGAGCACGAGAACGAGAUUAUCAGCGCCUUGGAGGCGGAUCUGCGGCGGCCCAAGCAGGAGAGCCUCAUCGUGGAGACCGAGUUCAUGAAGAACGACAUCAAGCACAUUCUGUUCCACCUCGACGAGUGGGUGCAGUCGGAAAAGCCCCCCAAGUCCUUUGUGAACCUGAUGGACGAUGUCCAGAUCUACAAUGAUCCCUUCGGCGUGGUCCUGGUGAUCGGCGCCUGGAACUAUCCACUGCAGCUGCUUCUGGUGCCCGUGGCUUCCGCCAUCGCCGCCGGAAACUGUGUGGUGAUCAAGCCCAGCGAGAUUGCCGCCAACUGCGCCAAGUUCAUUGCCGAUGUCAUUCCAAAAUAUUUGGAUAAUGAUUGUUAUCCGAUUGUCUGCGGCGGACCCAGCGAAACCGCGGAGCUGCUCAACCAGCGCUUCGACUACAUAUUCUACACGGGCUCCACACGCGUGGGCAAGAUCAUCCACGCUGCGGCCAACAAGCACUUGACCCCCACCACCUUGGAGCUGGGUGGCAAGAGUCCCUGCUACAUUGACAAAUCGGUGGAGCUACGCACAGCGGUCAAGCGCAUCCUGUGGGGCAAGCUGAUCAACUGCGGACAGACCUGCAUCGCUCCCGACUACAUUCUCUGCUCCAAGGAGGUGCAGGAGAAGUUCAUCGCGGAGGCCAAGGACGUGCUGAAGGAGUGGUACGGCGACAAUAUCCAGAGCAGUCCGGAUCUGAGUCGCGUGAUCAAUGCUAACAACUUCCAACGCCUUCUUGGUCUGAUGAAGUCAGGUCGUGUAGCCGUUGGCGGUAACUACGAUGCCAGCGAGCGUUUCAUUGAGCCCACCAUCUUGGUGGAUGUGAAGGAAUCCGAUCCCAUCAUGGAGGAGGAAAUCUUCGGCCCCAUCUUGCCCAUCUUCAAUGUGGAGAGUGCCUACGAAGCCAUCAAGUUCAUCAAUAACAGAGAGAGUCCACUUGUCCUGUAUAUUUUCACAUCGGAAACAGACGUACAGAAUCUGUUCAUAAACGGCACCCAGUCGGGCGGACUGUGCGUGAACGACACGAUAAUGCACUAUGCCGUUGAUGUAUUGCCUUUCGGAGGCGUUGGCAUGAGUGGAAUGGGAUGCUAUCAUGGAAAAUAUGGCUUUGAAACCUUCACACACAAAAAGUCUUGCCUGGGCAAGGAUUUGUCGGCCUUUGGCGAGAAGUUGGCAUCAGCACGGUAUCCGCCCUACUCGGAUCGCAAGGGAUCGCUGCUGUCCUUCCUGCUGCGCAAGCGCCGUCCGCUGCCCAACCUGCACCUGAGCCACGUGGUGGCCAUUGGUCUGGGCGUCGGACUGACGUUCCUGGCCAACUACUACCUACAGAAAAGCUCAACAUCUGAUUAAAACCCAAAAACUUUUUUAUUUUUUAUACGCAUAUCGGUGGGUGAUGUAAAGCUUUGGAUACUUCGUUAUAAAUGUAGUUAUUGUUAUUUAGUUGCUAUUUAAUACAAAUGUGAAUGCUGUAAUGUAAUGUACGAUCAAUAAACAAUAUAAAAAACUA